AUGGCAGAAUCGGACACGAAGGAGCUCCGCCUGGCUACUGCCGGUGGCUAUACGACACGCACUAUUCUCUGCACACCUGUCCGGAAAGCCACAGCUUCUGAAAUUCCAAUCAUUGACAUAUCGCCCAUUUUCAGCCAGGAUUUAGCGGCGCGACAGACUGUUGCUCGUGAGAUCCACAAGGCUGCUCAUAACAAUGGUUUCUUCUACAUCAAACAUCACGGUGUACCAGCCGAGGUUAUCCACCAGGCAUACUCUUCUUGUUUGAGCUUUUUCCGUCAAGACAUGAAGACUAAAACCAGUACAAACGCCAACGAACCUGGGUCGUUUAAUAAUGGCUUUCGAGGUCCCAAUACGCAGAAUUUCAACGCAAAUGAAGGGAUCGACAUCCUGGAGAGCUACGCUGUCGGGUACGACCCCAGAAUGGACCCUUGGGUUACCAACCCAAGCGAUGUCCCUGAACACUAUGCACCGGGAGGGCAUCCCUGGGAGUACACAAACAACCUACCCGAUUUCAAGAAUGCUAUGACUUCUUAUUUCCAAGAAUGUCUAACCCUAGCCCGAACACUUACGCGGGCCUUUGCUCUUUCAUUGGACCUUGCUGAAGACUUUUUCGACAACAAGGUGAAAUACCCGGAGGCUACUUUGACGCUGAAUUAUUAUCCCCCGCUCGAGACGGAACAUCGGAUGCGGGAAACCGAAAAUUCCCCCGCACGAGUGUCCAUCGGGUCACACACUGAUUGGCAACUAUUCACCAUCUUGUGGCAAGACAAUGCUGGCGGUCUACAAGUACUUACCCGGGAUGGUCAGUGGAUCCAAGCACCGCCACUUGACGGAACUCUUGUGGUCAACGUCGCUGACUACAUGCAACGUAUGACAAACGAUAAGUACGUCAGCGCCCUGCAUCGAGCACGCAACGUUAGUGGGAGAGAAAGGGUUAGCAUUCCGUUUUUCUGGGGGUUUGGCUUGAACGAGAGUUGUGGUGUUUUGGACAGUUGUCUGGACGGAGGCGAGAAGAAGUAUGAAGAGAUCAAGUGCCUGGAAUGGUUGGAAUUGAGAAGUAGUUAUGUUCUUGACAUUUAG